AUGAUUUACGGGGUGGCAUCACAAGACAACACUGUGAUGAUUCUUUAUACUCUAGUGUUUUUAUUUUUUGCGGGAUGUUUUGUUGCACCCCCGACAGAGUUCGUCUCAGCUGGCAUCACUGUACAGAACAUGUUCUCUCGCUAUCUGGGCAGUGAAGACUUCAAUUUUAUUUACUAUCACCAACGGAGGACAACAUUGACCCUUCUAGUACACAGCUUGAUCCCUUUAGCUUAUUACAUUGGUCUGGAACUCUUUGCUCCAGAACUGGACUUGUUCAACAUUGAUCAGCUCAAUAUUGUGUGGACAGUCUACCUUUUGAUAAGCCUGAUUUUACCCGGAUGUGUUUUGGUACUAGCAAUUUACUGGCAUAGUAAAAACUGUGAUAACCACCCAAUAUCGAAGCAGUUGAAACUUCUUGCUGGUGAAAAUGGUACCUGGAGAACUGUGGCUUCCUCUAUUAAUUUGGAAUUCAGACGCAUAGACAAGUUUGUGAGUGGCAUACAAAGUAGACUGGUAGCAGUGACAGAUUCAUGGAUCAUUAAAACUUCAACUUAUUAUGUUUACAUUGCUCAUCAAAAUGACAUUCACUUGACCUUGUCGGACUCCGAGGAGCACGCCUUAUCUUACCAAAACCAGAUGGCAGUGCAGUAUUUGAAUAUUACAGUUGGUCGUAUAGAGCCAGGCUUAAAGCCAUUUACUAUCAGGUUGAAUUCUCUUGAAUUAGGAGAUCUAAAAGAAAAACUUCAAGCACCCAUUCGUAACGCACGCAACAUAGUCAUUCAUCAGUCCCUCAGCGACAGGUUUUUAAAGGCUUUCAGAGAAUUUGUAGAAGAGAACCCAGUCUACAUUCCCAGCCCAAAUAUGGAAAUUGAACAAUGUAUAGGCUGCAUGCAGAAAAUGGCUGAUGUCAAAUUGCAAAAGCACUGUGAAGAUCCCGCUGGAGAGCCGGGCAGUGAAGUCUGUGUCCCAUGUUUUUGUCGACCCAUGUGGUGUAUGGAGUGUAUGGGCAAGUGGUUUGCCAGCAGGCAGGAUCAGCAGAGACCUGAAACCUGGUUGUCCAGUAAAUCACCAUGUCCAACAUGUAGAGCCCGCUUUUGUGUGUUAGAUGUGUGUAAGAUACAGAACAGUUUAUGA